AUGUCAAAGAUAUUAAAAAAGUUAUCCGACGUCUUAUCUAAAAUAAAAAAUGAGACAGUUCAUUAGUUAGAUCUUUUUGGUCAAUUACCAAGCUUUACAGUGUUGAAUAAGAGCAGAUAUACUUCAAAUUUUGGGUUUGUUUUGUCUUUAAUUAUUGGCUGUUUAGCCUUAUAUUAUUUGAACUCAGAGAUAAGUUCGAUGACUCUUAAGCUGAUGCCAUCUAUUUAUCAGUCGGAAAUCUAAGUGGUCGAGACAGAUGUAAUUUAUACCCUCCUAUUUAGCCAUACUUGCUCACAAAUUCCAAUUUUACUCUAGCUGUCUCAAUUGCAAGUUAAUUUUCUGAACCAACAAAAGGUUUAAACAAGUACUAUCAACUAAACAUCAGCCAAUGCACUAGAGAAAGGAAAAUAGAUGGAAAAACAGACAACACAACCGUAUUGCUGGAGUAAGAGUUAUUACUAAAUAUUUUAGGUGUAAAGAAAUUCCAAUAGAAACUUGUAAUAUGUCUCAUUUUUCCACAGAGUUGCAAUAGAAGUAUUUCUCAACGAUCAGAUUUGGAACAGUUUAGUGUAUAAAUAGGGAAUAUUUGAAAAAUAAUCCACUUGUAAAUAUAUAUCAGAAUAAUCUAGAUCUUGUAAGGACAGUUCAAUGCUUUGACAUACAAAUAUUUACUUAUUAAGUUUACACCUUGCAGAAAUACGACAGAGUAUUAAGGAUGUGCUCCCUAGGAAGAGAUAAAUAAAAUUCUGGAGGCAGGAUAAUACAAUGUUUAUAAAAGUGAUUACCUAACUUAGUUUGAAUAAUCUGGAAAUCCAUAUUAAUAAAUAAUCACUAAUGAAUUUACUAGUUUUUCUCUCACCACUUCAAAAACUAUUGUUCAUACCUACAGAAUCAUGUAAACAUAAACUGAUUAGGGACUCAUUUUAGAAGAAAAUCAAUUGGAUACAAAUUUACAACAAACAGAAUGGAGAGAAAUAUCUGACUUUUAUAAUAACCAAUAUUUGGUUUGCCAUUACAUAAAGUUAGAUUUUAAGUAAGCAAACAUUAAAAGAACAUAUAUAAAACUAUAGACUAUUCUUGCCAAAAUUGGAGGAAUCUUAUAAAUAUUAACCAUGAUUGUAGGGAUCUUUUUAAAACCGAUAAUCGAGAAUUUCAUGAAGUUUGAGAUUGCUUCAUAACUUUUCAGUUAUGACGACAAUUAACAAGACUAAUUUAUAUGUUCCCGUCAGAUAAUCUCUGAAAGGGAGGUUUAAUCUCCCUCAUCACUACAAAAGUUUUCAACAUUUCUUUAGUCAAAUGACAACAUCUAGUCUAAAGUAAAGGAAUCCUAGGCUUCAUGUUUAGAAAUUUUCCUCAUCAUUUUUGGGUUGAAUAAAGCAAAACACAAGUAAUUUUGUAAAGCUAAGAGAAAAAUAAUUAAAAAUUUAGAUAUUGUCACAAUUCUUAAGAAACUUUAAGAUUUAGAAGUAGUUAAGAAGAUACUAUUUACUUAAGAGUAAUUGGAACAAUUAAAAAAACGACCUCGACCAAAGCUUUGGAUAAAAAAAUAAGAUAGCAUAAUUGAAAAAGCUAUACCAAAACCAGAAAUAGCAUUUCAUCAAUCAAAUUUAUACUCUUCACAGUAUUCAGAUGCCACUGCACAGACCUUAUUUAAGAGUUACAUCACAAGUCAAUUCCAACAGUAUUUUAAUCAUGUCUAAUAAGCAUAAUAAGAACCACGAGAAUUUGAAUAAUAAUAAUAAAAAUUAUAAACUAACACAGAUUUUCCACAGGAUAAAGAUGAGAAUAUUAAAUAAAAUUAAGUAAAUACUAAUAGUGAGAAAGACCAAUCUCCUGAAUUAUAGGUUGUCGAAAAGAAGGUAAACUUAAAUAUUAAAAUUUAACAAUGA